GGCAGGCGAUCAAUGAUGUUCCUCUCUCAUCAAUGUUUCUCUCUCUCUCUCUCUCUAAAAAAAUCAAUAAAAACAUUUUUUUAAAAAUCAACGUUUAGUGUGAAACCGAUUCUCAGCCUGUGGACGGUGCCGAGGGCCACCCUUUGCCAACCCCGGUCUAUAAUCAAAUAUUUAAAAGGAAACCCUCCGUGAGGUCACUGUGUUUUGAAAGAAAUAUAUGAAUAGUGAUAAUAACAGCAAACAUUUAUGGAGCACUCAUGACGGGACAGGGCUGGACGUGGAAAGCUCCUUUUUGUUUGCGCCUGUAGGCACACAGGAGGUAGGUAGAGACCACCCCUGUGUUUGCAGAUGGGGAAACUGAGGCUGGUGCGCGUACCAUGAGCUCAUGGAGCGAGGCUCUGAACCCGGACAGAGACGUGAGCUCAGCAUCCUUCAACCACAGACUGUGCAUUAAGAAGGAGGUGAUGGGAAGAAGGUUUGACAAGCCUCGGGGUUGGCACCAGGGCACAUCUGGUGGAAGAGCACUCCUUGGCCGCCACUGGGCCCACCACACCCGGCGGGAAGCCACGGAUCCUGGAUCUAAACCGAGCAGAGCGAGAGCGAGCUGGCUGCUGGAGCGGGGCUCUGCCCUGCAGACACGAACAUCUGCGACUGCCUUUGGCCCAGCCACACAUGUGCAAGCCCCAGGGCUCGGCCGUGCCCCUACCUGCCGGCGCCCUGUCAUUAGCCCUGAACUGGGCGGCGAACCGUAUAAAACCUGGGCCUGCGACCCCGCCUGCCGGGUGCCACCGCCCUGCCCCGUCCCGCUCGAACCAGAGGCACAAAGACCAGGCAGCGUUCCUGCGGUGAGAACCUGCGGCUCCCGGGGCUUGUUGGGGCAGCCGAGUCCUCUCACCACACGGACGGCCCCCUCCCGGCCUCCCCUUUCAUGCCGGCUUUUCUGUGGCGAGGUCAAGGGAGGCCGGGAGGAAAAAAGAGAGGUGCAACUGAGGUCCAGGUUCCUGGAAGAGGCUCGAGCUCGCUUGGUUCCAUUCGGGGCAACCCGGGCCGGGGGGGUGGGGUGA